AUGAGUCUGAAACGGACACAUCUAAAUAGACAAUCUCGACGAGGUCAGAAAGAAAAUAAAUCAAUAACAAUAGAUGGGGAAUUAUCACAACCAAACACCCAUGAACAACAACAUGAAAUAGAAGAGAUUGAUCAUUUAGUAAAUCAGGAUGGAUCUGAACGACAAGAGCUGUCUUCAAAAUCAAAAUAUGGAACACUUCCAAAAAAGUACUUUUGUAAAAUCUGCAAUCAGGGUUUUACAAGGAAGCAUAACAUGGUAAGUCAUGAGUUGAUCCAUUCAUCUAUAAAACCUCAUGUUUGUACAGUUUGUGACUUAAAAUUUAGAAGAAUUCAUGAUUUAAAGCGUCAUGAGAAGUUACAUACUGGAGAAAAGCCAUUUAUUUGUUCACAUUGUAAUAGAAAAUUUGCUAGGCCAGAUGCUUUAACAAGACAUUUAAACAGCCCAAAUGCAUGUAAUGUCUUAAGAGAAAGAUUAUCAUCUACAGUUCAAAAUCCAAUAAUUCCGGAACCAUCUUCCUCUAAAGUUUUAAGUAUUUCGACUUUGCAAAAUUAUCAAAUAGGCAAUAAUUCAACAUCAAUGCCUAUUAGAAUUCCUCCUCCGCCUCAACUUUAUCAAAUAAAUCCACAAAUCAAAACAUUACCUACAACAAUAUCACCAAGUAAUAAUAUUUCUCCAGAAUUUGAUGCCAAAAGAAAUAAUCCACCUCACAUUAUUCUGCUGCAGAUUCUAUCAAAUAAUCAGCAUGAAGCUGAAUCAUUAAAUAGAAGUGGGAAAAAAUCGAUUAUACCGCGACCACUUCCUGAAUUACCACAUAUUAACCAUAGAUAUUAUGUUGUAAACCAGAAUCUGAGCCAGCAGCACAAUCAACAACAACUUCCUUCUAUUCAACAUUUUGUACAAUCUGCUUAUCAUCAUUCACCAACAAGUACUUCAGCUUCACCCCCGCAAGGAUCUAUUUCUCACGCUCUGCCUACUCAUACUCCUGGGUAUGGUUCAUAUUCACUGUUGGGUGAUGAUUCAACGACAAAUAAUUUUCACGUACAUCCAAAUCAAUUUAUUCCAUCACUUGUACCACGGAUUUAUAUGCCAGGUGAAAUUGUUCAAUAUAGAGGAGGAAGCUUAACUGGAAAUAGUGCCGAUGAAUCUCUUGAAAGUGGUCAGAGUGGUGAGUCACAAUCAAAUCAGAAGAAAAAGCGAAAAGAGUGA